AUGGCUCUUCGUAUUCUACUAUUUUUAUUCGCACUCUGCAUAUGCUUUACAAUAAUCAAUAGCAAAACUCAAUGUUCAUGUUCAUGUUGCAAAGGUAAUGGAUGUUUUGCACGGUAUCAAGGUGUAAUUAGUUUACCAACAUGUUCAUCUUCAAGUUGUAAACAUACAUGUAAAAUGCGUUAUCCUGGACAAUGUGGUCGAUCACCUGGUACAUUAGUAGCAACAUGUACGAAAACGAAAAAACCUCGUCGAUUCUCAUCUUCAAAGAAGACGAAAUCAAGACUUAGACCAUCAUCAAGAAAAAAUCUAUUUGGACGACCUUCAAAAUUUGGAUCAUCAUCAAAAAAACAUUUAUAUCGUCAUCCUUAUUAG